AUGGUCGGGAAUCCAGACACGUGGAUCGCGCAGCUGCGCGAAUGUAAGUACCUGCCGGAAGAGGACAUGAUGGUCCUCUGCGACCAGGUGCGCACCCUUCUGCUCGAAGAAAGCAAUAUCCAACCCGUCUCGAGUCCCGUGACGGUGUGUGGCGAUAUCCACGGCCAGUUUUGGGAUCUGCUCGAGCUGUUCCGCGUCGGCGGUGAUCUGCCAGAUACAAGUUAUAUCUUUAUGGGCGACUUUGUCGACCGCGGUUUCUUCAGUCUCGAGACUUUCUCGCUGCUCAUGGCCCUCAAGGCACGGUAUCCAGGCCGCAUGACCCUGCUGCGUGGUAACCACGAGAGCCGACAGAUUACACAGGUAUAUGGCUUUUACGACGAAUGCAUGCAAAAAUACGGCAGCGCCAGUGUUUGGAAGAGCUGCUGCCAGGUCUUUGACUACCUCAACAUCGCCGCGAUCAUCGACGGCCGCGUCUUGUGUGUGCACGGCGGCCUCAGUCCGGAAUUGCGCUCGCUGGAUCAGAUCCGCACGAUUAUGCGCAUGCAGGAAGUGCCGCACGAAGGGCCGUUUUGCGACCUGAUGUGGUCGGAUCCCGAGGAUAUCGAGACGUGGAGCGUCAGUCCUCGCGGCGCCGGAUGGCUCUUUGGACGUAUGGUGACCAAAGAGUUCAACCACUUGAAUGGCCUCGAGCUGAUCGCACGCGCACACCAGCUCGUCCAGGAAGGCUACAAGCUUAUGCACGAUCACCACAUCGUCACCGUGUGGUCCGCUCCCAACUACUGCUACCGCUGCGGCAAUGUGGCAUCCGUGUUCCAAGUCGAUGAUCUACUACAUACCGCCCACAACAAAACGGACGAGGCCCCGUCGCGAUUCAAUGCAUCGCACUUCAAAAUCUUUGAUGCCGUCCCUGAUCAAGACCGCAUGCAUCCCACGCGAAGCACGGCCUCCCAAUACUUUUUGUAA